AUGUCAUCACACAUGGGACAUGAGUGGGGUCGAACUUAUUACCAUGGGGGAAAGCCCAGCCCAGUUCCAGUCCAGGGAAGCCAGAGAUGGGCCGGGGGAGGGAGGCCAGGGUGGUCGCUUCAUCCGAGGCCACUCCCACUCCCCUUUCGGAUCUUUCGGCGAAGACUGAUGGGCUUUCGUGGUGUCUCGCUCGCCCCACUGCACAUCAUAAGCUACUUCAACUGUGCAGAGCUUUGUAUCGCCGCACUGAGCCCCCCCCCCGAACCUAGAACCUGGAGUCUUCUCAGACUGCCAGAUUCAUGGUCAAAUACUCUUUUGGCUUUCGAUGUGUGUUUUCCGCUGGCGGCGGUUUGUGUCGAAGUGGUGACCUUAGUGGGUUGGACACAUAUGAAUCAGGAGCAUUUGGCCCAUGCACAGUAUCUACGCAAGUUCCUCGGUCUGGUUGGUGCAGUGGCGAGAGGCUCAAGCUUCGGCGACAGUGGAAACUGCAACGACCGGCGACUUCCGAUUUUUUUUUUUUUUUUUUUUUUUUUUUUACCAGAAUCUGCAAGCUCGCCUGGGAGUCCUGAGGGUUCCUGUACGCUACUUCGUGCGAACGUGGGAAGUGGGGAGAGCUGUGCAACCUGCUGUGCUGUCUCGUCAGAACUGCCGAGGUAGCACGGGGUGUUGUGCGAAGGCGUGCGGAGAUUGCCCUUUCGAUGACGGGGAUCACCUCCUUGGUGUCAGUCUUUAUCAUUUUAACCGUUUUGUCCGUAUAACGCAGCGUUUUGUGAGAGAAGUAAUCCAUGUCUGAAAACUUCGAUUGUAUCUCUUUAGUGUUGAUAGCAUGCUAGUCUUGUACGGGAAUAUUAGCUUUUUAGUGUUAUGCAAAUUACCGCCUGGCAACCCCUGAUUGUUUAAACCUAAUUCGAACGUCCAGGACACACAUAAUUUCGAAGCGAUUCAGGAUCAGUUGUUCAACGAACUAACCUUUGUCGGUGCUGCAAGUCGCACAAUUCCCAUGGUUUUGGGAGAUCAAGUUUUGCUGCAAAUAGUAUCGAACAAUACCUAACUUUGUCGGUUAUCUCACACUCCAUGAAACGCUGAGGGCCUUGGUAUUUGUGCUCCUCAGACACCUUGCAGAAGGAGAGUGAAGAUUGCUGCAACUGCUUCGCAUGCUACUUUACGAUUCAGCGGCGUCGAAGGACCAACAAGAACCCCUACCUGUAGCUAAAAAGUACUGCCGACAGCUUUGCAUGACGUAACUCAGCACUCCAUGGUCAGAAUUAAGGCCCUAUUACUGGCAUCCUGUCACCCACUUACUAGCCAAUUAGCUAGAGAGGGAUAGAGAGAGAGAGUUCGCAAGAUCAGAGCAUGCGGGUGAAUGGGAAUUGACCUAAUUCGGAUACGAAGGUAGUCAAUGCUUGUGUUGCAUUGCGCACUUAUAUCGCUCCUUCCUCUACCAUUGCCAGAACACUGGUGUUUAACCACAGCAAUGGUGCUGUACAAAACACUUCAAUUAGCGUGAGAUGGGAUAUGCAGCUGGUUAGCUAUGAUUCUGGACAAGUUAAAAAAUGAAUGAAUUUACACAUAAUGUCCGAAAAUGCGCUAAAACUUUCGUACUUUCAGAAUUUUGAAUAGAUAGUAAAAUAGUUAAAGGUAUAACACCCAUAAAAUCGAAGAAUAAAAAUGAUAGGUCAGUGUUGUUUGUCGUUGACUUCACAUAUUAUAAUUAAAAUAGUCGUCAAUAUUACAAUGCAACUUGAUCAUGAAUCAUGAAGAUCUGUUAAGUAUUUCCUUUCGUCC